AUGGCGUCUCUCUCUCUCAUCAGCUCCGCUAAUUUCUCUUCAAUUCCGUCUCGUUCCUCUGUUUCCACUUCAUUGCUUUAUCCUGCUCCUUCUCUCCCUCACUUCCGAUCAUCGAUCCGCCGCAAUCACCGUCGUCUCUCCUUCUCCGUCAUCCCCCGCCAAACUUCUCACUCCUUCCCCACUUCGAUUUCUCGGAUUAGGUGUUCUGUAGAUGAGCCAUUGAAGGUGAUGAUUUCUGGUGCGCCAGCUUCUGGCAAAGGCACUCAGUGUGAGCUUAUUGUUCAGAAGUUUGGUUUGGUGCACAUAUCAACGGGGGAUCUCUUGAGAGCAGAGGUGUCAACGGGGACAGAAAUUGGAAAGAGAGCAAAAGAUUUCAUGAAUUCGGGUAGUUUGGUUCCGGAUGAAAUUGUAAUAGCGAUGGUGGCUGGAAGAUUAUCACGUGAAGAUGCUAAAAAGCAUGGAUGGCUUCUUGAUGGAUUUCCACGGACUUUCGCUCAGGCGCAAAGUCUGGACAAGCUUAACGUCAGACCGGACAUUUUUCUCUUAUUAGAUGUUCCUGAUGAAAUUUUAAUCGACAGAUGUGUUGGUAGAAGGUUGGAUCCAGUGACUGGAAAAAUUUAUCAUAUUAAAAGUUACCCUCCUGAAUCAGACGAAAUUAAAGCAAGACUGGUUACACGCCCUGAUGAUACGGAGGAGAAGGUAAAAGCACGUCUGCAAAUAUACAAGCAAAAUUCUGAAUCGAUUAUUUCAGCAUACUCAGAUGUUAUGAUCAAGGAUAACUGGAGAGGAAUACCGACGAGAUUGAAUAACAUUCCUCAUUCGAGGGAUAUUCGGUCUUAUUUCUAUGAAGAUGUGCUGCAAGCCACAAUUAGAUCUAUCAAGGAUGGAAACACUCGCCUUCGGGUGGACAUAAAUAUCCCUGAGCUAAAUCCUGAAAUGGAUGUUUACCGGAUAGGAACCUUGAUGGAACUGGUUCGAACUCUAGCUUUGUCAUUCGCUGAUGAUGGAAAAAGAGUGAAGGUUUGUGUUCAGGGGUCAAUGGGGGAAGGUGCACUCGCUGGGAUGCCACUGCAGUUGGCGGGAACUCGAACGAUUUUAGAAUUUAUGGACUGGGGUGAUGAUGAAACUUUGGGAACAUUCGUCAAGCUUGGUGCAAUUGGUGGUAAAGAAGUUAAUGAAGAAGACGACCUGUUCAUCUUAGUGGCACCACAAAAUGCCGUUGGAAACUGUAUUAUAGAUGAUUUACAAGCGAUGACUACUGCUGCUGGGAAGAGGCCAGUUGUACUUAUCAAUCCUCGCCUCAAGGACUUACCCGCUUCAAGCGGCAUAAUGCAAACAAUGGGUAGGGAGAAAAGGCUUGAAUAUGCCUUAACGUUUGACAACUGCUAUAUAUUCCGGCUUCUCUAUUAUGUCGGAACACAAUACCCGAUUAUGGGCGCUCUGAGGAUGUCUUAUCCUUACCGGUAUGAGCUUUACAAGAGGGUGAACGAGGAAAAUGGAAAGGAAAAAUACGUCUUGAUAUCAACGUACUCUGAGAGGCCAACCCCUGACCAAAUCAACGAUGCCUUCUCUGGAAAAUCGCGGGAGCAAAGCAGGAAGCCGUCAGGAAUCUGGUAA